AUAUUUUGAGAAUUAUUAUAAAGCUUGAACUUUUACCAGUACUUUUACUUUAUCACCUAUCUACUUUCUAUCUCCACCACAAAAAGUAAGUCCUCCUCAAACGAUAAGCUUCUGGCAACUGCAAAAUUGUGUAGCUUCGAUGAAUUCUCUCAAGCUAACUUCCAGGACCUACCACCAUUCACCAUUGCUCCCUCUUCGCUCCAAGCUUCAAAAAUUAACCUUCGUCAGAAGAACUUUCAAAUUUUGUGUUCGAGGAUGCAGUGCAAAAGAAAAUGGAGAAAAGAAAAACGAGAGAAGAGGCUUCUUAACUCUAGAAGAAGCUGGCUUAGUCGAGAUUUCUGGUUUAAGCACUCACGAACGCUUCCUCUGCCGAUUAACGAUAUCAUCUUUGAAUUUAUUAAGAGUGAUAUCAGAGCAGGAAGGAUGCAGCAUUGAGGAGCUUAAUGCAGGGAAGAUAUGUGACUGGUUUGUGAAGGAUAAACUUAAAAGAGAACAAAACAUAGAUUCUGCCGUGCUUCAAUGGGAUGAUUCUGAGUCCCAGUUUUAACUCACAAGCAAAUCUGUAAAUUCCAUCACAUUAUUAUUUAUUGCUUUUUACCAACUUUAAUCGAUAUCAUGUUUACAUUACCAUUACAAAA